UAUAUUUCAACAAUUCUAACGCCCAUUCUCUCUUUUUGUGUGUACAGUGUACCCAUAAAAACACAGAUAUAUACAUCUUUCUUUGUCUGCAUUCACAAUAAUGAGCUGGUGGUGGGCUGGAGCAAUAGGUGCUGCAAAGAAAAAAAGCAACAACAGUGAUGCGCCACCACGGUACAAGAGCGUGGCUCUAAUCAUUGGUGUGACUGGCAUAGUUGGCAAUAGCCUUGCCGAGAUCCUGCCACUCUCUGAUACUCCUGGUGGGCUGUGGAAGGUCUAUGGCGUGGCUCGCCGCCCCCGCCCUGCCUGGACUUCUUCUAACUACCCUGUUGAGUACAUCCAGUGUGACAUAUUGGAUGCCCAACAAUCCCAUGCCAAGCUCUCAAAACUCACGGAUGUCACACACGUUUUCUACGUGACAUGGGCCAAUAUGCAUGAGGAAGCUGAAAACUGUAAGGUCAAUGCUGACAUGUUGCGCAAUGUUCUCAAUGCUAUCAUCCCAAAUGCACCGAAUUUGCAACAUAUUUGCUUGCAAACUGGUAGAAAACACUAUAUUGGCCCUUUCGAUUUGUUUGGGAAAAUUAAGUCCCAUGAACCUCCGUUUCAUGAAGAUCUUUUAAGAUUGGAAGUACCCAAUUUUUACUAUUCGCUGGAAGAUGUUUUGUUUGAGGAGGUGAAAAAGAAGGAGGGUUUGAAAUGGUCAAUUCAUAGGCCUGGAACGGUAUUUGGGUUUUCGCCUUUUAGUUUGAUGAACAUUGUUGGGAGUUUAUGCGUUUAUGCCGCGAUUUGUAAACAUGAGGGCACAGUAUUGAGGUUUCCGGGGAGUCGUGCAGCGUGGGAAGGGUAUUGUGAUGCCUCAGAUGCAGAUUUGGUUGCUGAGCAUCAGAUAUGGGCGGCAGUGGAUCCUAACGCGAAGAAUGAGGCCUUUAAUUGUAGCAAUGGGGAUGUGUUCAAGUGGAAGCACUUAUGGAAGGUUUUGGCAGAACAGUUUGGAGUGCAGUGUGGGGAAUUUGAUGAGAAGUUUAAAUUGAGCUUGCAAGAGAUGAUGAAGAAUAAGGGUCCAGUGUGGGAGGAGAUCGUGAGGGAGAAGGGCUUGGUGCCUACAAAAUUGGAAGAUGUUGGGGCUUGGUGGUUUGUUGAUGUGGUUCUUGGGAGUCAGACACUUUUGGAUAGCAUGAACAAGAGCAAAGAGUAUGGAUUUGUGGGGUUCAGGAACUCAAAGACAUCGUUCCAUUAUUGGAUUUGUAAGAUGAGAACUCACGGAAUCGUUCCAUAGCGUGACAGUGGCUUUAGGAUUUUGUUGUUUUUGUUGGUUUGCAACUUGGUUUUUUUGUUUUUUUUAUCUUCUAGGGUAAAUUAGUGGUUAAAAAUACACAAAAGCUUUAACUUUUUUUGAAACAGAUUCAUUUGUUUUUUACUUUAUUUACUGGUUUACUUCACAAAGUUAUUGUAAUUGUCAAAUCUUGUUGUAAAGGUUACUGUUGUUAUUGCUAAUUGUCA